AUGGCUUCAGACCUCAGAAUCUCCUUUGAAGGUGAACCAUCCAGGAGGGGUCCUGGGUCAGAAAAUUCACCCACCCAAGGAUCUGCCAUCCAGGAGGAAGAGGGAAUCCCUGAGUUCCCCAGCACUCAGCUCAACUUACUUCGAGACAGCAAUAACUUAAGUGCAAGACAGGAACUGCAAAGACUCUAUCACUUAUUUCACUCAUGGCUGCAGCCAGAAAAACACAGCAAGGAUGAAAUAAUUUCUCGUCUGGUCCUGGAACAAUUUAUAAUCAAUGGGAACUGCAGUGACAGGUCCACUUUACGGAAGAAAUGGAAUGCAAGUGGCAGGAACCUGGAGAAACUCAUGGAGGAUCUGACAGAUGAUGGCAUGAAGAUGCCCGGCUUAGUCCGUGUGAACAUGCAGGGACAGGAAGCCCUCUUUUGUGAGAAUAUGCCCUUAAGACAAGUCAUCAUUCACUUCACAAAACAGUUAUCAACAGGAACCCCAACAAGAGAGAAUGCGGGGACACCCUCCUGGACUCCUCAAGAUACAUCCCUGGAAACAGGACAAAGAAAUGAAGAUCAAGAAAAUGGUGGCAACAUUUCUGCGAAAAGAGGCAGUAUUACUAGUCCAAGCAAUCAAAUACCUUCCCUAAUCAUUGUCCAAGAAGAGAACCAUCCGAGGCUGGAAGAAGAAGGUGUUUCUCUGGAGAAUCCACGAAGCUCCAGAAGAGGAGCAGGUCCAGGCCCCUCCAGGCCCCAGGACGGAUCCCUGAAAGGACCCUGCUCUCAAGAGGUCCUCAUGGAAGUGGAACCAGACCAGGUCACUCCUGAGCCUGUUUCUACCCGCCAGAGCUCUGAGGGGACUUCUGCACGUGGGAAACACCAGGAAAGACCCCAUAGAGCCCCAGAAGUAUACAGAUGUGAGAGAUGUCCCAAGACCUUCAGGCAUUCCUCUCGGUUCCGAAUUCACCAGAAAAGACACAACAAUGAGAGAACAUAUAUUUGUGCCGAGUGUGGCAAAGGCUUCUUCCAGGCAUCCGACCUCCAUGUGCAUCAGAGGAUUCACACAGGAGAGAAGCCCUUUGUGUGCAGCACAUGUGAAAUGGCCUUCACCCACAAAACCAACCUUCGGGCUCAUGAGAGAACCCACACGGGAGAGAAGCCCUAUGAGUGUUCCCUCUGCCAGAGACGCUUCCGCCAGUCCUCCACCUACCACCGCCAUCUGAGGUUUCACCAGAAAACGACCCUCAAAAGUGCUCCACACUAA